CUGACGUCGGCAGUUUGUUGACUUUUUGUCAUGUUAUCCUACUAUAAAAAUGUCUAAAAUUGGAUCGGUGAAAAUGGGGUUUUUCGAAUUUGUGGCGAUUUUUUUAACAAGAAGUUAUUAUUUUGACGAAGGAACUGAAAAGAACUUAGGAAAAUUCAAAUAUACUAUGUAUUCCCAACCAUGCGAGAACGGAGAAUGGUUAGCAGAACUGGGAAUAGCCUCAGCCACUUUUGGGUAUACGAAGUUCGACACUGUUAGGAUGGGAGACCGAAGUCAGGCCAUCCAUCGAUACAUACCGGAUCAGCGCUAGGACGCUUUUUGUUCGUAAAGAUAUAGUUUCUUCCAAGGAGAACAUGUCUACAUGCGAUCAACACCGGUUCGAAAACUGAGAAAAAAACAACUAUCCAAGGAAAGGUGGA